AUGACAUCGGCAGGACACAUACAACGAGUCGGCGACGCUAGUACGGGAGAAGAAUUAAAGAGUGAGAUGAAGACGAAGAAGGUUCAAAGAAUGACAUCGGCAGGACACAUACAACGAGUCGGUGACGCUAGUAUGGGAGAAGAAUUAAAGGCUGAGAUGAAGACGAAGAAGGUUCAAAGGUAACU